AUGUCAUCUGCUGAAGACGAGCCCAAUGAUAGCGAGAAUUUCUCCUCCAAGAAGAGGAGGGUACAACGGGCAUGCGAUGUGUGUAGGAGGAAGAAGAUCCGGUGCGAUGGAGGGCAAAUGCCUGACAACAAGUGUUCUAACUGCAUAACAUAUAACUACGAAUGCACUUACCUUGAAGCCGCUAAGAAACGGGGUCCACCGAAAGGAUAUGUAGAGAGCCUCGAGACACGCUUGGAGAAGAUGGAAAAGCUAUUGAAUAAGCUGUGUCCCGACGCCGAUUUCUCUAAAGAGCUUGGUCCUCAACUCGAUAAAGAUGCAUGGUUGGAGCGCACUGCACCCGACAAGUCCAGGCCUAUUGCAUAUCGAACUCCUGUGGCACCCCAAGCAGUUGCCUCACCGUCGAAUGCUCCCCCCGUUAUCCAACCGACAGACCCCGACGAUCUUGAGCCGAGCGAUGACGAGGUCAUGGCUCACCACUCUCUAGUAAACAGCUUAAAGCAGAUUAAACUCAAUCCGACGCAACUUCGUUUCUUUGGGAAGUCGAGCAGUAUCAUGUUUAUUCAAACUGCGAUGGAUCUUAAGCGGCAAUAUGCCGGUGUUGGAGACGAGGCGCGGCAGACAGUCACAUCCCAUCCGACCCUCUUACACGGCGAACAUCGCCGUCCGAAUACAUGGAGUCUGCACCCGGUGCGUCCGCACAUAACUUCGUAUGUUGUCCCCUCACAAGAUUACUCACACGAUACUUUGGGUACUCACUUCAAGUGGUUGUCGGCACAACUCCAAGAAGAGGCUCAACCGCACGAGGCGCAGCAUUACCCAGAGAGUGAUCUCAUGUUAAGCCUUAUAGAGCUUUACUUUCGGGAAGUAAACGCCUAUUCGCCACUACUCCACCGCCCGACGUUCGAGAACAACAUCAAAGAUGGCUUGCACCUCCGCGACGAGGGAUUUGGAUCAACAGUGUUGCUGGUAUGCGCAAUCGGGGCGCGCUUCUCUGAUGAUCCAAGGGUAUUCCUGAGCGAUUAUCAAGACAACCCUUUGUCGUGUGGUUGGGAAUGGUUCAAGCAGGUACAGAUGAUACGAAAGUCGCUUUUAGCGCCUCCACGAUUGUAUGAUCUGCAAGUGUAUUGCCUCACGGCUAUGUUCCUGCAUGGAUCCUCUGCACCUCAGGCAUGCUGGACAAUUAUUGGCGUCGGUAUACGCUUGGCACAGGAUGUAGGUGCCCAUCGCAAAAAGGUCUACAACUCACAGCCAACAGUAGAAGAAGAGCUUUGGAAGCGGGCCUUCUGGGUACUUGUUUCUCUCGACAGGUCCAUAAGCUCUGGCCUUGGGCGGCCGUGUGCGAUCCAAGACGAAGACUUCGAUCUCGAUCUCCCAACGGAGUGCGAUGACGAAUAUUGGCUGCAUCCUGAUCCAAAUCUCGCCUUCAAGCAGCCCCCGGGCAAGCCGUCUACCGUAACGUUCUUCAACUGCUUCCUCCGACUGAAUCAAAUUCUUGCGUUUGCGCUGCGCACAAUUUAUUCGAUCAACAAAUCGAAGGCCUUGCUUGGUUUCGUUGGACAGCAAUGGGAACAGCAUAUUGUCGCCGAGCUUGACUCCGCGCUCAAUAAGUGGAUCGAUUCCGUCCCUGAUCACCUGCGAUGGGAUCCCAAUCAGGAGAACAUCAUGUUUUUGAACCAGUCUGCGCACUUAUAUGCCAGCUACUAUCAGCUACAAAUUUCCGUGCAUCGUCCGUUCAUCCCUUCCCCGCGCAAGCCAUCACCACUUUCGUUCCCAUCGCUUGCAAUCUGCACGAAUGCAGCGCGCUCGUGCACACAUGUACUUGAUAUUCAAUAUAAGCGCACAAAUUCUCCAUUGUGUCAGAACCAGAUGGCGCUAUUCACUUGUGGGAUUGUACUUUUGUUAAACAUUUGGGGCGGCAAGCGAUCGGGAUUCACUACUGAUCCCGCCAAGGAAAUGGCUGAUGUACACAAGUGUAUGAAAAUGUUGAAAGUAUUAGAACCCCGGUGGCACAUUGCUGGUCGUUUAUGGGAUGUAUUGUACGAACUAGCCUCAGUUGGUGACCUGCCCUUGCCGCAAAAUACGCCCCCUAGCCACAAGCGCGAUAGAGAUGCUGAUAGUCCGAGGUCUGCGACGUCCACUCAAUCGAUACCCUCCACCCCCGCUGCAGCCUCGGACCACACGCACCGUGUUAUUGCGGGGUCAAGGCGUGUGUCAAAGGAUGUACCGGCUACGGGAUUGUUCGGACACCAUAUGCACCCAGCAGCGAUGUCGAGCCCGGAGACAUAUACCGCGGAUGCUCUAAGCGCAGGUAAUUUUGAUCUCCCUAUCCAUAGCGACGAGCUUGGUAGGCUGCCGCUGCACCCUGGGUAUCCCAUUGGUCAUACACCCUCUGAAUCAUCGAUGGGCAGUGGUAGCUGGUUCGCGUCACCUGCACCCUCGGGCUCAGUUUCCACUAUGCCUGUCACACCUCAAGCGGGACCUUCGACUGCUGGGCUGGACCCGGGCCUCGCGUCGAUGUUUGCGAUGCAUAAUCCGGGAGUGUACGACUCGAUCUUUUCAACGAUGCCGUCCCCGCCAGAUGUGCAUGCCUAUCAAGCCCCACCGGUGGGGUCGCAUAUGCAGCAGCCGCAACCCAUGCACGAUCCAUUGGCUUCGCUGACAGGUGUGCAAGGUGGCCAAGGGUCAUUUACAGACAACACGCUGGCGAUGUGGUCGAAUGCUCCCAGUAACUUUGAAUGGGACGACUGGGGUACGUACAUUAGUAGCGUCGGUGGCAUGAAUGGGAUGAACAAUCCGAUGGGCUCGUCGAGACCCGCAGGAUGA